CAGAAUGGGCUGUAGUUGAGCGAAAUAGGGAAAGCGGCGAACAGUGUGGAGCGUUCCCGGUGUAAAUAAAAGGGGGGGCGAAAAAAAAAAAAAGUUUGUGGAAGUCGCCGCCCUGCAGCCUCGCUCGGGCAGCGGCGCGGGGCUUGUGCGGCUCGGGAGCCCGGCACGGAGGACUUUAGUGCUCGGCGUUAACACGCUCUGCCUAUUGUUUGUAUUUUUUUCCAAAAUAUGGCAAAGGUUCAGGUGAACAAUGUAGUGGUGUUGGAUAAUCCUUCUCCUUUCUACAAUCCUUUCCAGUUCGAAAUCACAUUCGAGUGCAUAGAGGACCUGUCUGAAGAUUUGGAAUGGAAAAUAAUUUAUGUGGGCUCAGCUGAAAGUGAAGAGUAUGAUCAGGUGUUAGACUCUGUUUUAGUUGGACCUGUUCCUGCAGGCAGACACAUGUUUGUAUUUCAGGCUGAUGCACCUAACCCAGGGCUUAUUCCAGAUGCAGAUGCAGUAGGUGUUACAGUUGUGCUAAUCACAUGCACUUAUCGAGGUCAAGAAUUUAUUAGAGUCGGCUACUAUGUAAACAAUGAAUACACUGAAACAGAACUGAGAGAGAAUCCACCAGUAAAGCCAGAUUUUUCUAAGCUUCAAAGGAAUAUUUUGGCAUCUAAUCCCAGAGUCACAAGAUUCCACAUUAAUUGGGAGGACAACACUGAAAAACUGGAAGAUGCAGAGAGCAGUAACCCAAAUCUACAGUCCUUGCUUUCCACAGAUGCAUUACCUUCAGCAUCAAAGGGGUGGUCAACAUCAGAGAAUUCACUAAAUGUUAUGUUAGAAUCUCAUAUGGACUGCAUGUGACUAACCACCAUCCUUUUGGUACUGUAUAUGUGUUAAACUGUAAAAAUAACGAGAACUAUUUCCCUCAAAUUCCAUAAGUACAUAGUUGAAGCAAUGUGAAGAACUUGUUUUAAAACAUCCUGUAGAAAGUUUAUAAAAAAACCAAAAAAAACCAACAAACAAACAAUAUUUGAGCAGAUUGUGAAAUAUAAAUACAACUAUUUUUAAGUAA